GGCCGCUGCCCAGCGUGCGGGACAGGAACCUGGCUCAAGGGUCGUCUGCCAGCGCCUGGGCCCUGGUACGGAGGGAGCUGCAGCCUCUACCACCCGACGGAAGAUGGAACCCGAGCCGCUCUACAACCUGCUCCAGCUCCCGAAGGACGUGCCUGGGGCUGUGGAGGAGGAGAUCCCACAGGGAGAAAAGAAGAAGUACCUGCCACCCAAUUCGCGGAGGGACCGGAAGUUUGAAGAGCUGCAGAAGGUGCUGACCGAGUGGCUCAACAUGACCCUGCUCCCAGAGCACAUCGUGGUGCGAAGCCUGGAGGAGGACAUGUUCGACGGGCUGGUCCUGCACCACCUGUUCCGUGAGUGCUGAACCCCCGUGCACAAUUCCAGGCCCAGCCAGGCUCCCGCCA